UAUCGAUAUUUCCUACAGUCAAGUAUAAAUAUUGCUGACAAAUAAGGCGUCGCAAUAUUAUAACUUUAAACUAAAUAUUUAGCUACGUUUCGCGGUGUUUUUACUUGAUUCGUGUAAAGACUACCAGUACCAAUUGUAUUAGUCCAUAACAAAUGGCAACUAUAGAUGGAAGACCGACGCAAUAUGGUAUUUCACUCAAACAACUGCGCGAGCUCAUGGAGCACCGUGGUCGUGAAGGUGUAAUAAAGAUUGCGGAAUUUGGCGGUAUUCAUGAAUUAUGUAAAAAGCUGUACACAUCUCCAAAUGAAGGUCUUAGUGGCUCAAAAGCGGACGAAGAACACAGGCGCGAAACAUUCGGCUCAAAUGUAAUACCACCGAAGCCACCGAAAACCUUUUUAACACUCGUUUGGGAGGCUCUUCAAGAUGUAACCCUUAUUAUCUUAGAGGUAGCUGCAUUAGUGUCGCUCGGCCUUUCAUUUUAUAAACCCGCCGACGAGGAUGCGCCCGUUUUGCAAGAGGAGGAGGAGCACCAUGGUUGGAUUGAAGGAUUGGCCAUUCUUAUUUCUGUUAUUGUAGUAGUUAUAGUAACUGCUUUCAACGAUUACUCAAAAGAAAGACAAUUCAGAGGUCUGCAGAACCGCAUUGAGGGUGAACAUAAGUUUUCAGUUAUCCGAGGAGGAGAAGUGUGCCAAAUUUCUGUUGGAGAUAUUCUUGUUGGCGAUAUUGCACAGAUCAAAUAUGGAGAUUUAUUGCCAGCAGAUGGGUGCCUCAUUCAAAGUAACGACUUAAAGGUGGACGAAUCUUCUCUGACUGGUGAAUCAGAUCAUGUCAAAAAGGGAGCCGACGUUGAUCCUAUGGUUUUAUCUGGCACGCAUGUUAUGGAGGGAAGCGGCAAAAUGGUUGUGACCGCUGUUGGUGUUAACUCUCAAGCUGGCAUCAUUUUUACGCUUCUUGGUGCAGCAGUUGACGAACAGGAAGCUGAAAUUAAAAAGAUGAAAAAGGAAGCUAAAAGGGCCAACAAGCAAAAGAGUCUGACAGGUGAAGGCGAAGGACGAACACAGAUUAAACAAGCGCAAACCCAACGCCAAACAGUGACUAGUGAGGGAACCAAAUCAGAAUCUGAGGGAAAUCAUGUGCCGCAGUCGACAUCCACGGCUGCCGAGACAGGACAUAAAAAGGAAAAAUCUGUGCUGCAGGCAAAACUGACGAAAUUAGCUAUACAGAUUGGAUAUGCUGGAUCUACUAUUGCCGUGCUCACUGUUAUAAUUCUUAUUAUUCAGUUUUGUAUUAAAACGUUUGUGAUUGACGAGAAGCCGUGGAAGAACACCUAUGCUAAUAACUUGGUAAAGCAUUUGAUAAUCGGUGUUACAGUAUUAGUAGUGGCUGUACCAGAGGGUCUUCCCCUGGCCGUAACCCUAUCACUGGCUUACUCGGUCAAGAAAAUGAUGAAGGACAAUAACCUGGUCCGACAUUUGGAUGCUUGUGAGACAAUGGGUAAUGCCACUGCCAUUUGCUCUGAUAAGACUGGAACUCUAACAACCAACCGUAUGACUGUCGUACAGUCCUACAUCUGUGAGAAGUUGUGUAAGGUCUUGCCUACCCUAGCUGAUAUACCCCAACAUGUGGGCAACUUGAUUACAAUGGGAAUAUCCGUUAACUCCGCGUACACUUCAAACAUAAUGGCUGGGCACAACCCGGGUGAUUUACCAAUUCAGGUUGGCAACAAAACAGAAUGUGCUCUUCUGGGCUUUGUCCAGGGGCUUGGCGUCAAGUACCAAUCGAUUAGGGACGAAAUCACAGAGGAUAAAUUCACCCGCGUGUAUACCUUCAAUUCUGUUCGCAAAAGCAUGGGUACUGUGAUACCCCGUCCAAAUGGAGGAUAUAGAUUGUAUACUAAAGGUGCUUCCGAAAUCAUCAUGAAAAAGUGUGCUUUCAUCUAUGGCCACGAAGGAACCUUGGAGAAGUUUACAAGAGAUAUGCAAGAGCGAUUGAUUCGUGAAGUUAUUGAACCAAUGGCUUGUGAUGGACUGCGCACCAUAUCUGUGGCAUAUCGUGACUUUGUGCCUGGAAAGGCCGCCAUUAAUGAAGUGCAUAUUGAUGGCGAACCCAACUGGGAUGACGAGGAAAAUAUUAUGACGAAUCUAACAUGCCUCUGUGUGGUUGGCAUAGAAGAUCCGGUGCGUCCCGAAGUACCAGACGCCAUUCGAAAAUGCCAACGUGCUGGAAUCACAGUGCGCAUGGUCACUGGAGAUAACAUAAACACGGCGCGUUCAAUUGCCAGCAAAUGCGGUAUUCUGCGAGCCAAUGAUGAUUUCCUUAUUUUGGAAGGCAAAGAGUUUAAUAGGCGCAUUCGAGAUAACAACGGAGACAUUCAACAACAUCUUAUUGACAAAGUAUGGCCGAAGUUGCGUGUUCUUGCACGUUCAUCUCCAACAGACAAGUACACGUUGGUCAAAGGUAUUAUUGACAGUACUGUCAGCGAAAACCGUGAGGUUGUUGCAGUAACUGGCGAUGGCACUAACGAUGGACCAGCUUUAAAAAAAGCCGAUGUAGGCUUUGCCAUGGGAAUUGCUGGAACCGAUGUGGCCAAGGAAGCUUCUGAUAUCAUACUGACUGAUGACAAUUUUAGCAGCAUUGUUAAGGCUGUAAUGUGGGGUCGAAAUGUUUAUGACUCCAUCGCGAAGUUCUUGCAGUUUCAACUGACUGUCAAUGUGGUCGCUGUAAUUGUUGCAUUUAUUGGUGCGUGUGCUGUGCAAGACUCUCCGCUUAAAGCAGUCCAGAUGUUGUGGGUUAACCUAAUAAUGGACACCUUGGCGUCACUAGCAUUAGCAACUGAGUUUCCGACACCAGAUCUUUUGCUUCGUAAACCUUAUGGCCGCACAAAACCAUUGAUUUCCCGCACAAUGAUGAAAAACAUUUUGGGUCAGGCGCUUUAUCAGUUGGUUAUCAUUUUCGGUUUACUCUUCGUCGGCGAUUUAAUUCUUGACAUUGAAUCUGGACGCGGACAAGAGCUUAAUGCUGGCCCAACACAGCACUUCACCAUUAUCUUCAAUACAUUUGUCAUGAUGACACUGUUUAAUGAAAUAAACGCCAGAAAAAUCCAUGGACAGCGUAACGUUAUUGAAGGACUUCUCACAAAUCCUAUUUUCUACACAAUAUGGAUAUUUACAAUGAUAUCACAGGUUUUAAUCAUUCAAUAUGGAAAAAUGGCCUUCUCCACAAAGGCCUUGUCACUAGACCAAUGGCUAUGGUGUAUAUUCUUUGGAAUCGGUACCCUUGUCUGGGGGCAAUUAAUAACUUCAGUGCCUACAAGAAAACUACCCAAGAUAUUAUCCUGGGGUCGCGGCCAUCCAGAGGAGUACACAGAUGCCAUGAACUUGGGUGAGGAGCGUUUCGAUUCAAUUGAUUCUGAUAAGAAGCCAAGGGCUGGGCAAAUUCUCUGGAUUCGGGGACUGACCCGGUUACAAACCCAAUUGCGUGUCAUUCGUGCUUUCCGCUCGACAUUGGAAGAUCUAAACGAACGCCGUUCGAUGCACAGCUUACACAGCUUACGCAGUCCUCGGACGGGUGUGCCAGCAGUUCCAGUGGGCGGUGGCAACCCGUUGUACAAUUUUAAUCUGCUGAGCCCCAAUUACAUCAACCAGCAACAGCAAAAGCAAACAAAGCAAACAGCACAGCAGCCUCAACAACAGAACCAGAACGUGUCAAACGCCAUGCUGCCGCCGGAUAUAUCUUUCAUUGACGAAGACCCGCAACAGCAUCAGCGUUCUUUGCACAACGGACUAACUUCCCAACUACACCUGUCAAAAUCCACAAACGAAUCUGCCCCUGCUUCAAGCCAAAGCUUAUCACAAAUUGCACACAACUUACAGCAACAAAUCCGUGGUAACAAAACCGCAACAAAGCAUUCCAACGGACAGAGCGAGACUAAAAUUUAAAAGUUUAAGUUCUUAUCAGAAAAAAAAAGUCUCAUUCGAAUUUUACUUUAUAAAGAUGUCGAGACAGCAAAUCAUGGUGAGGCACAAGAAGAAGAAGAAUUUUAAGAUCAACAACGGACUGACCAUGAUUUAUUUAACGUAUUUGUGAGCCUCUAACCAAUGAGGUUUGAAGUUAACUGAUCGCGCUUGUUUUUUUAAUAUUUAUCAAAUAUGAGCCUCUAACCAAUGAGGUUGAAGUUAACUGAUCGCGCUUGUUUUUUUAAUAUUUAUCAAAUAAACACAUUAACGUUUAUUGAACUCAAUUGUACAUUUAAGGGAACUCUAACAUAACAAAAGUGAAUUUAUUUAUGUAUAUAUAUGUGCAUGUUAGAGGCUUUAUGCCGGAGAUGUUGCAAUUAAUUUUGUAUUUUAACUAGCUUGUUAUUCCCAACUGCAUAAUCACACGUAAUGCUCAUUUUAUAAAAAGAUUUUUUGAGUACCCCGAAACUAAUGUUUUAAAAUAGUACCAAUAAUAUUAUAGAAAAUAAAAGCAUGCAUUUUUUAAAAUGAACUUUUUAACUCUAAAACACAAAUCUAACGUCUAUUAUUUUCGUUUACGCGAUAAUAUUUAUACCUUUUUUUCAUUUUUAUCUGGAGGAACUACAUUUUUUUUAAAUGAUAAAGAAACUGAAAACGCAAACAUGAAUCCCAGAUAAUAUUUAUGUAAUAAAAUAUAUAAAUCAGCCAAAUCUGAUAAAGUUAGAAUAUUCAAACGAGAAAAAAAUUAGGUAUUCGCAUGAACCAAAUGGUGGGCUUGUUCAAAUUAACGCUAUUUAACUAUGCAAAAACUUGAAAUAUUUCUUUAAAAAACGAAAUUGUCCUUUCCAGAAUUAUUAGAAGCUGAUUGCCCUAACGUUGACAUGUCCAGCACUUGCAUUAAUACACUUACAAAAAUAUGUUAUUUUCAAUUGUAUUUGCCAAGACUUUAUCAUAGUACACACAUAUAUUCCCCUUACUUUUUUACCAAAAUGACUUUUAAGUUUACAUUUAUUCGCUCUAAAAAAAAAAAAAACAACAAAAAUAUAUGUACAUAUAAUUAUUAUAUUAAAAUUAUUGUCAAAAUGUU